AGUGACAGGACACUGUCACUGCUCGCUGUGGCCAGAGCCGAUGCUGGAUGCCGGGGCCCCUGCAUGGGUAAGAACUGCUGUCAGGGUCAAACCCAGCUCCCUGUCUGCAGCCCUGGGCCUCUGUGGGACGUGAAUGUUGUACCAGUGAGGACCGGGCAGGCUGCUGUCAGCCAGAGCUGCUGGGACAGGGACAGAUGCGUGUGACAUGAAUGCUGCAGGCUGCAGAGGUUAUUUAGAGGUCUGGGUUUGGUCACUGGCAGCCAUAGAGUGCUUCUGCCUGGGGAUGUGCUGCACCCCCAGACCCAGGGCCACCCCAUAUGAUUCUGUUCCCCGCUGCCUCGCGGCAGUGAUGAGCAAGGUGGGGAGCUGGGCUCAUUCCUUCGCUGGGAGUACAAACGAGCCUGGAAGACCCUGUGGACCUAGCCCGGGCUCCAGUUUUCCUGUGGCCAGGAUGCACAGAGAACUGUGUCCUUUCUGCAGCCCUGAGAAGCCAGAGGCAAGGAUGUGGACAGGUGCUGUGACACAUCCCCUCUGCUCUCUCUGCUGCUGCUGCACUUAAGGGUGCUCCACUGGAAGGAUCAGCUGAACAUAUGUGGAAGUGGGGUGGCCUAGGGCUGCUGGCCAGACCUUCUUGCUCCAUCAUGUGCAGGAGCAGUGGGACAGUCUCACCAUCCUGCAGGAUGUGGCAGGACUUCACAGAAGCUCUGUGAAGCUCAUCAGUAUGAAAACCCUGAUGGAGCAUGGCUACUGAGCACAAACACCUGACAGAGACACCUCUGGCCAGCUGCACUUCGCCUGCAGCUCCUGCAAAGGAAAUGGUCCACUGGGGCCUCUGGAUAGCAGCAUCCCAAGCCUCUGGGUGCUGCUGGAUCCCAAGCCUGUAUCCCUCUUGCCCAAGUUGCUUGGUCCCACUGAGGCCAGCACAGCUCUGCAGCCAGAGCAGGACUUGUGGCCGGGCUGUUCCAGCCUGACCUCUCUGUGUAUCCCUAGGAGUGACCCAUGCCCUGUGCCCACCAGAGACCUGGCGAGCGGACAUGCCUGAGAGAGUUGUGUGUGCAGGGGCAUCUCAAGGCUCUGCCUCACCUGGGAAGGUCCUAGGGAGCCAGAGGGGGUGCAAGCAGAGCCGUGCUGGACCCCUCCCUGGCACACAGCUGGGGGAGAACCAAGGGGGCCCUGCAAGCCCUUGCUCCUGAAAUCAGGGUGUUGUAUUUACUUUCCCCUUUUGGCAGCUAGAAGGGGAAGCCCAUCCCAGCCCCUCAUUGUUGUCUCAGCGAGUUAAUCAGAUGCCAUAAUCCUGUUGUGGAAAUAUCGGGCCUCCCUGGAAACAAUGGGGAGCGAGAAUAUUGUGGUUAAAUUUCAACCAGCUGCCUCCCUGCUCUGUUUGAUCCCCGCCCGCAGGCCCGGGCCCCUGGCGAGCAGGCGGCGCGGCGGGGGCCGGAGCCCCGGGGGUGCUACCCCGCGCCCACGCUGCUGCGGGGGAGCCCCGCGGGACGCCCCGGGGCGGCGGGGGGACUGUGCGGCGGGCCAGGAGCGCCUCGGGGCGGUGGCGGGGCUGUCCCGGGGGGCAGGUGGCGGCAGGCACCCCCGGCGGGGUGGGCUGCGGGGCUCGGCCGGGGGGAGGAGGCUGCGGGCGGCCCGGGGCAGGUUCCGCGGGGAGGAGGCGAGAGAGGGAGGGCGCUGGGAGGCUGGGACACGGGCAGGGUGCGGUCCUGGCGGUUCCCGGUCCCGGAUCUCUUCAAUUUCCCCUCUCACUCCUGCCCGGGGAGCGGAGGCAGCGGCGGCUCCGGCUCCUGCUCCAGCCCCGCCGCGCUGACCGCCGGGGCGCAAACCGCGGGGGGCUCCGGCAGCGCCGAGCCCCGCGCCCCGCAAGCGGCCGCUCGCCUGCCAAAACAAACGGCCAUUCGCUAUUUAUUGCAGCCGCCGGGCCACGGCAGCUCAGAGAGGGCCGACACCGGCCCCGCCGCACCGGGCAGCCGGAGCGCACCCGCACCGGGCAACCGCCGCGCCCCGCCGCCGCCGCCGCCGCCACCGGCACAGGCACCGGCACCUGCCCGCCGGCUGCGCGCCGCAUGGGGAGCCCCGGGGCGGGCGGCGGGAGCGGCGGCCGAGCCUAGCGGGGCCCCCGGAGCCGCCGGUCCCCCGGGCCGCCCCGGGGCCGCCGGGCGCGCCAUGAAGCCGGCGCGGCUGCUGCUGCUGCUGAGCGGGUGCGCGCUGCUGCUGGCGCCGGCCGUGCGCGGCUGCGGGCCGGGCAGGGUGGUGGGCAGCCGCCGCCGCCCGCCCCGCAAGCUCAUCCCGCUCGCCUACAAGCAGUUCAGCCCCAACGUCCCCGAGAAGACGCUGGGGGCCAGCGGCCGCUACGAGGGCAAGAUCGCGCGUAACUCGGAACGCUUCAAGGAGCUCACGCCCAACUACAACCCCGACAUCAUCUUCAAGGACGAGGAGAACACCGGCGCCGACCGGCUCAUGACCCAGCGCUGCAAGGACCGCUUGAACUCCCUGGCCAUCUCCGUCAUGAAUCAGUGGCCAGGGGUGAAGCUGCGGGUGACAGAGGGCUGGGAUGAGGAUGGGCACCACUCGGAGGAGUCGCUACAUUACGAGGGCCGAGCUGUGGACAUCACGACCUCAGACCGGGACCGCAACAAGUACGGCAUGCUGGCUCGCCUGGCCGUGGAGGCUGGCUUCGACUGGGUCUACUAUGAGUCCAAGGCGCACAUCCACUGCUCCGUCAAGUCAGAGCACUCGGCCGCUGCGAAGACAGGGGGCUGCUUCCCCGGGUGGGCGCUGGCGACGCUGGAGGAUGGUGCCCGGACACCGUUGUGGGCACUGCGCCCGGGCCAGCGGGUGCUGGCAAUGGAUGGGGCGGGCAGGCCCACCUACAGCGACUUCUUGGCUUUCCUGGACAAGGAGCCCCGUGCCCUCACUUCCUUCCAUGUCAUUGAGACACGGGAGCCACCCCGGCGCCUGGCCCUGACUCCCACCCACCUGCUCUUCGUGGCUGAGAAUGCCUCGGUGCCUGCUGCCCGCUUCCGUCCCACCUUUGCCAGUCGCGUGCGCCCUGGACAUUUCGUGCUGGUGGUGGCAGGGGGGGGUGGCUUGCAGCCCGCCGAGGUGGUGGGGGUGCGGAACCGGAGGGACGUGGGAGCCUACGCCCCGCUGACGCGCCAUGGGACGCUGGUGGUGGAUGGCAUGGUGGCCUCGUGCUUCGCCCUGGUGCAGGAGCAACAUCUGGCACAGCUGGCCUUCUGGCCACUCCGGCUUUACCACAGCCUGGUGGGGUGGCCAGGGGCUCAGGGGGAUGGCGUGCACUGGUACUCAGGGCUGCUCUACCGCCUGGGUAGGCUGCUUCUGCCCCCCGACAGCUUCCACCCACUGGGGGUACCCCAGGCAGAUAGCUGAGGGUACGCCUCAGCCACAGCCGGCGCUGCUGGCAGAGGUGGUGGCUGCAGGGCGGCUCACCGGGGCCAGCACCCUCUCCCAUAGCUGGGUGCCCAUGGGGAGCUGCCUCCAGCCCUGCCUGCUCGGGGCAUAGUCACCUGUCUGUUGUGGGGCACCAGUGCUCCCUGGUGUGCCUCCUCCAUGCCCACCACCCCCUCCUCACUCUCUGUUCCUGGGGGCAGGGGGGAGGCAUGAAGGGUCCCCCCCCCGGACAUGGGGGUUCCCCCAGCUGGAUCCACAUGCUGCUAUUUGUGUGUGUGUGUGUGUUGUGUGUGUGUGUGUGCAGAAUUAGCAAAUGACAGAGUCUGAUAGACAAGGGGGAGCGGGGAGAGGAGAGAGUCCCUGGCUGCAGGCUGCUCCCACAGGGCUCCCAGCCUGCCUGCACCAGGUGGGAGGCUUUGGGAGAGGGGCCCCUAGGGCCCUUUGCUGGGCAGGCCAGGCAGGAGGGUGGGCGAUGCCAUUCCCACUCCUGAGACAAGGCAAAUGGGAGGAGGGUGACCCAGGUACUGGGACUGUGCCUUGCCCUUAGCCCUGACUGCGGGUGCAGGGGGGCACCCAAAACCAUCCCCUGUAAGCCUCGGGUGUCCAAGCAUGGGCAGGGCUGGAGAAGGUGGCAUGGCUCUGGCAUGAGACCCCUGACCUGGUGACACAAGUGUUGCUAGAGUGAGGGACUGGGGAGUGGGACCCUGAGCUCUGCUCAAAGCCAGCACCAUAGACACCUGGCCUGGCAUGCCUGUGGGGACGCUGUGACAGCUCAGGCUUGCAAGAGGAAACCGCGGAGGCAGGUGUGUGGGCAGGAGGGUGUGAGUGCCAGCCAGUCAUGGGCAUGGGGGUGGGAGCAGGGGUGGGGAGAGCCGGGGCUGCAGCCCCAGCCUGCUGAGGAUGGGAAGGGAAGUGGCUGGGGAGAAAGUGCUCACUUCCUGGCCUUCCCAGCAUCCCACUCUGAGCUGGCUCAGCCCAAAGCCAUGCCUUUCCCACCCCAAAGCUAAAAAAACUCCCCAAGCUCCAGACCCUGCCUGGCCUGACCUCCCCAACCCCCCAGCACCCCAAACCCUCAGGGUAACUCAUUGCUGCUCACCUGCUCCCGGGACCCGGUGGGAGCCCCGUCAGAGCUGCAGCCACAGUCCCCCCACAAAAUCCUAGCUAGAGCUUCAGCCUCCCCUAGCUCCACGUUAGCAGAGGUGAGGGGGCUGGGUGGAGCUGUGAGCCGCAUCCCCCCCUGCAGCAUCACACGUCUUUAUUUAUUUAUCUGCUCUUUGUAUGUACCAUAGAUGGGAGGCAGCGUGGGCACGUACAGGGUGAGAUGGGAGCGGGCGGGGGGGGUAAAGCUCUUUGGGUGGGGGGGUGAUUUUUUUUAAAAAAACAAAAAGCAAAAAUUAUUUAAAGAAUAUUUUAAAGCACAGUUUUUAUGGUGAUUGCUGUCCAGGGCAAAAUGAGAGAGUGUGAACACAGCCAAUGGCAGGGCUGUCUUUGUCUCUUCACUGGAUGUACCUUUCCUGGUCGGGGACACAGCCCAAUAAAUCCAUCAUCUCCCAGGCA